UGCUCACGUUAUUCCACUCAGUCCGAGUCUAAGUCGUCGGUAUCCUAACACGCUUUACGUGCAUCGAUAGCCAAGUCAAGUCGUUUGCAAUGCGUAGUGCUAUUACUAUUUUUGGCAUUUCUCUGGUGCUUUUCGUCCUGCGAGAUGUAAGCACUGCGGACUUGCGUCGUGAUGAAACGUAUCCACCGCCCGAAAUGCUCAAGGAACUGGCUCCUGUCCAUGAUAGUUGUGUGAAGAAGACAAGUGUCACCGAAGAGGCAAUUAAGGAGUUCAGUGACGGCGAUGUGCACGAGGAUGAGAAGCUCAAAUGUUAUAUGUACUGUGUCUUUGAUGAGACAGAUGUCCUGCACGAGGAUGGGGAAGUGCACUUGGAGAAGCUGCUGGAUCGCCUGCCCGAUUCCAUGCACGACAUUGCGGUAAAUAUGGGUAAACGUUGCUUGUAUCCCAAGGGUGAUAACAAAUGUGAGCGUGCCUUUUGGCUCCAUCGUUGCUGGAAGCAAGCGGAUCCCAAGCAUUAUUUCCUAAUUUAAAAACAUUUGGAGCACAAAAGUAAAAGAUGAAUGAGAAGCAAGGAGAAGCAAAAGUCCAAAGUAUAAAUUAGUCACUACUUUUUACCGAUUUAUGGUUUAUGGGCAUUAUGAUAUCAUUAUACGAUAUAUUGUAUAUAAAGUUUAAAGUUUGGUUGGCUAGCAAUUUCCUCAUAAAAG